GUUGUAUCUAAUCAAAUGUCCCUUUAUUACCAAAAUGACUUCUCACGCCACCAGACUCAUCAACACCUUUUCUUCCUCCUCCUCCUACAUUCUCUCACCCCAAUGGGUUAUCUCUCGUGCAAAGCCGGAUCCGCCGUCGCAGUCGCCGUCUCCUCCUCCAAAUCCGCCUCCACCAAACCUCCUCCCCCUCCUCCCGAAUCUCCCCCAGAAGACCGUCCCAAACUACGCCGCUUCCUCCACCGCGACCUCGAAGCCGCGACAGGCGGAUUCUCCGCCGACAACCUCCUCGGACGCGGAAGCCACGGCAGCGUCUACAAAGCCGCCAUCGGCUCCCGUCUCGUCGCCGUCAAGCGCCCCUCGAAAUCCCGAGAGAUCAGCCGCGAGUUCCACAACGAGUUCGAGAUCCUCUCCAAGAUCCGCAGCCCUAGGUUCGUCAACCUCCUCGGCUACAGCGCCGACAACGCCAAGGACCCUCUCCUCGUCGUCGAGUUCAUGCUCAACGGGAGCUUAUACGACGUCAUCCACUCCGAUUCCCCUCCCAAUCCAAUCCCGAUAUCGAGCUGGAGCAAGAGAAUCAAAAUCGCUCUCCAGAUAGCCAAGGCUGUGCACCUCCUCCACUCUCAAACCCCGCCGAUCAUACACAGAGACAUCAAAUCAGCUAACGUGUUGAUGGAUAAGAACCUCAACGCGAAGCUUGGAGACUUCGGUUUAGCGAUCAGAUGCAAUGUGGAGGAUCAGAGAGUUAAGUCGACUCCGCCAGCUGGCACCAUGGGGUACCUCGACCCGGACUACGUCACUGCUGAUAGGUUAAGCACUAAGACCGACGUGUUCAGCUUCGGGAUCUUGUUGUUAGAGAUAAUCAGCGGGAGGAAGGCCAUAGACGUUAGAUACUCGCCGUCGUUUAUAGUGGACUGGGCCAUUCCGAUGAUAAAGAGAGGGAAGAUCGGCGGGAUUUAUGAUCCGAUGAUCGGGCCGCCGGUGGAUGUGAGCGUGAGGAAUCAUCUGGGGUUGGUGGCGGCCAAGUGUGUGAGGACGUGUAGAGAGAAAAGGCCGGGGAUGGAGGAGGUGGUUGGGUGGCUCACGGGGUUGACGCAGUCGGUUAGGUCGAGGAGGUGGGAUGAGUUGGGCAUUGGGAACCCGUGUAUGAUGGUUGAGACGGUGGGCAGGCCCGUGGAAUGAUCCUUUUUUAUUUUAUUUUGAGUUUUGUUAACGUUUUAAUCAAGUGCUUCGCUUUGAAGCCAUUUGUUUCUUUUUUUGGGUUGGUCAAAUUGUUUCAUUCAGCAAAGUAUUAUUGUAUAUAAUAAAGAUUUUAAUCACGUAACA